AAGAAUUUUCAGGAAAAAGUGCUAUAUCCAACAGUCUACAUAUGGCAGAAGUAAGGUCAAUGUUUCGGGAAGUUCUUCCAAAACAAGGGCAGUUAUCUGUGGAAGAUGUAACCACAAUGGUGACGUGUAAACCCAAAAUUUUACCCUUAAAAUAUUUGACUCUGGAAAAACUGGAGAAAAUGCAGCAAACAGCACAAGACACAGUUUGCCAACAGAAAAUGGCAGAAAAAGAAAAUGGCAAAUAA